CGGGGCGGUGGCCGCUCGGUCUCCGGAAGUGCCUUUGCCGCCGCAGCCGCUCCCCGCCGCGCUCGGACGAGGACCCUCUCCCGCAGCCGCCAGAACCAACAGCCAACAUGUCUAGCAAAAGGGCAAAGACGAAGACCACCAAGAAGCGCCCUCAACGUGCCACUUCCAAUGUAUUUGCAAUGUUCGAUCAGUCACAGAUUCAGGAAUUCAAGGAGGCCUUCAACAUGAUCGACCAGAACAGGGAUGGCUUCAUUGACAAAGAGGACUUGCACGAUAUGCUCGCCUCCCUUGGAAAGAAUCCAACGGAUGAAUACCUAGAUGCCAUGAUGAAUGAGGCUCCAGGCCCCAUAAACUUCACUAUGUUCCUCACAAUGUUUGGUGAGAAGUUAAAUGGCACAGACCCAGAAGACGUGAUCAGGAAUGCUUUUGCUUGCUUUGAUGAAGAAGCAACAGGGUUCAUUCAGGAGGACUACCUGCGAGAGCUGCUGACAACAAUGGGAGACAGGUUCACAGACGAAGAGGUAGAUGAGCUGUACAGAGAGGCACCCAUCGACAAAAAAGGGAAUUUCAACUACAUUGAAUUCACACGCAUCCUGAAACAUGGAGCAAAAGACAAGGAUGACUGAGCAAAGCUCCUGAUACCUGCAGAUGAUCUCUACUUUACACUUACAUUUAUUUUUGAGGGUUUCUUCCUGAUAGAACUUGUUGCAUGCAUUUAGUUUUACAGCUUUUGCCUUUCUCAAUGUAUUUCUCUAUUCCAGGCCAUUUAGGCUCAUUUGCACCUGUGUAAUCAGACUGGAAGCAGGGAAAAUAUUGUGAGGAAAAGGAUAUGGGGACAAAGAUCCCUGGACUUCAUAGUCCAGGAAAAUAAUCUCAACAUUUCUGGUUUAGCUGGAUUUUUACAUUUUUGUAAUAAAUGCCAUUUUGAAAUAAAGAUUGCUAUAUAGAUAAAAUACUUCAAAUUCUUUUGUGAAGAAUGACAUUUCUAUUAUGCAUUUACAAAUGCAGGUGUGCUAAUUGCAUUUUACUUGCAGUUGCAAACCAAGCUGGAAAACUCAUUUUCAUAAUGUUUUGUUCAGUGUCACACAGUUCUGAAAUGUUCCCAGCAGUACAUGCUGGUGUCUUUAAAGGUGCAGCUGUACAAAUCUCUUACAUCAGAUUUUUGAAGUGGUAGCUGAUUGGUGUAAGUAUUUAGCCAAAGCAGUGGUUAGGGAAGAUGGUUACAACUGCCUACAGGCCAGCAGAGAACAUUUGAUUCUUAAGCACAUAUCAUGCCCAUCUUUUAUUUCCUUUUAAUGCUGAUAUUACUUAGCAGUAUUUUCAUGUUAAAGUUUGCUUUCCUGUGCUAAGUUUUUAUGCUGGCAAUAAAUGGGAAUUAGAUGUA